CUACUACAUACCUUCCAGGUUGAUCACAAUAAGAAGAUAUGCAUUCCUAAUGAACUUGAUGUAAUAGAUCAUGCGGCAAUCUACACUAGCCUUUGGUCAAAGACCGUUGCAAGUACCUCCGAUCACGCAACCCGUUCAACCUUUGGAGGAGUCUGUACCUGAAGCAUCAAAAGAGAAAGUACAUCCCUUCUUUGCCAAAAGGGCUCGAAAAGAAGAUGGAAAGGCUGAACAGAAUGAUGCAAAAGGUAAAGGUCGUGCCACUCCUACAAGUCAGCCUCCUACAAAGAAGCAAGCAUUGAGCGGAUCAAGCAAAAGUAUUCCGACUUUGAAAGGAUUACAGACACCUUGGCCGGGAAAGGGGCAAUCGUCUAUUCAACCAGAUGAUCAGCAGUCGAAUCCCUCCAGUCAUUCGUUGGGGUUGACCGCGUUGGAGAAAAGAGACGAUCAUUUCCACGAAGUUUCAAGCAUACAGGAAGAUGAAAAUGCAUGGUCUUGGCUACAUUCGACGAAAGGACCUACACCCGAAACAGAUGGCGGGAAGGAGAAGCAGAACGGUCAUCAUCUCAAUGUGCAGGACUUUACUGAAUCUCAUGUGAACCUUCGAUCAUGCCUCGAUUCAAACGGUCAAUUGCCCAAAUCUAUCAAAGACGCAAAAGAAGCGGCCGAAUCAAAGAAAGAAGAAAAAUCUUCCAUCCUUUGGACUGACAAAUGGCGACCUAAAGAAGCAGCACAUGUUUUAGGCAAUGAAAAGCAAUCUGUUUAUAUGAGAGAUUGGCUACAAGCUCUUGAGAUUACUGAUCGAUCACCGCAAGCACGUCAAAUCAUCAAAAAAGCUCCGCCCAAAAGGAGAGGUCGUACUGCAGCUAUGAAAGAAAUGGACGAUUUCAUCGUAGGAGAUGAUGCAGAAGAAGAAGCUUGGUUUGAUCAAUUUCGUAAGAAGGACGUCGGAACCGAAUCAUCGCAAGAUAGCUCUGCUAGUAUGAGUGCUUUGGCUGAUCAACAUGAUCUGGACUUUAGCAAAUCCACUAGACUCACCAAUGUGAUGGUGAUUGAGGGUCCUUCGGGCUGCGGGAAAACUUCCUCCGUCUACGCAUGUGCAAACGAGCUUGGAUUUGAAGUAUUUGAACUUUUCCCUGGAAUGGGGAAACGAAGCGGAGUGACGCUAACUGCAAUGGUCGGCGAUCUUUGUCGCAAUCACAUGGUGUCAAGCGGAGGAAGUGGAGGAGGAGCAUUCCAAGGAAAACUGAUAAAGACUGUUUCAAACGGCGGAGAGGCCAGCUUAACCGCUCAAUCAAACGGUUUGAAGGCCAGACAAUCACUCAUCCUUGUCGAAGAGGCUGAUACGAUGUAUGAAGACGAUAAAGGCUUUUGGCUUGGAUUGAUCGAACUUGCAGGUCAAUCAUUGCGUCCGAUCAUCUUGACGUGCAACGAUAUUUCAUCCAUCCCGAUUCAAGGUUUGCCUAUCCAGAAAAUCUUGCAAUUUGCCAAGCCCUCAAUCUCACUUGCGGUACCGUAUCUUCAGCUGAUCUCGCUUUGUGAAGGGCAUCAAUUGGAUGAGAGCAAGGCUGCCGAGCUCUACUGCGAUACGAUACGAAGUGAAGAGCAAUCACAGUAUAAUGAACAACUCAUGUUGCCAACGCACGGUCCGCUCAUGAAUACACAAAAUGGCGAUAUUGCAGAGCUAAAGUUUGAUCUUCGCCAAGCGAUAAUGCAACUGCAAUAUGAAUGCAAGUGGACCAAAUCUUCACGGCGGUCACCCGGAAAACGACUUGACGACCAGACACUACGACAAUUGAUUUCGUUUACAGACUUGGAGUCAUUUGUAGAUUCUACAUUCACUAAGCCAUUUGAUCGAGUGGUAGCAGAAUUUGAGCAUGAGCAAUUUGCUCCUAGUCCAGAUGAAGUACAAAUGAUUGGCAAAUCUAUUUACCACUCUCCCUCCAAAGGUGCAGAGGUAUGUUUGCCGAUGUACGGACGUGAAGCGGAUUACGUUUCAAUCUUGUCUGCAAGCGCGGAACACAAAUUUAAAGUGCAAUACAGUGACCUGAUUAAUUGUCGUCAUCAGCUUCGUGCAUGGCGAUCAAAGGAGAUUGAUGAUAUUUUGGAGAGUCUGAAUAUCAACAUGCAGAGUAGUAUGCCAUCGCUUGAGGGUGUGUUGGAAUAUGCACCUUUUGUCCACAAAAUGGUUUCGAUUGACGAUCAAAGAGAGUACUUUAUACAAACCGCAGUAGAGGCAAUGCUGCAAGAAGGUGCACAAGAAGAGGCAAGCUUGAUUGCGAAGGGGUACAAUCGACACAGGAUAAAUAUGGUUCGCAAGCAGGAUCGAGUUGGUUUAUUUAAUCUCGCCGUUCGAGAAGCGAAUUUCAUGCGCUGGCUUUUGCUUGACGAGCAGCAACUUCAGCAAGUUAGACGAGUUGCACCAUCUUUACAGUGGUGACACUCUUGUAACAAAGAUAAACAUAUGUAUUAUAGACAAUGUACAUCAUUUCAUUCAUCACGACCAUC